AUGAUACUUGGCCAGGACCGAGCAGGGAAAACAAGUCUUAAGAAAUCUCUGCUCGGUAUGCCUUUUAAUCCCGAGGAAGAGAGCACUGUUGGAGUCGAAGUUGACCCAUCCAAGUGCGAAGUCGAUGUGGAUCAAGUAACGAAUUGGCAGCGCUCAGAGCAUACGAAACUGGGUGUUUCUCAAUUUGUUGAAGACAUAGCAAGGAUAGUUGCUAAAGACCUAAAGGAAACAGAUGAAGAACCAAAGAAGACAAAUGAUGUCGCUUCGCUUUUGGAGCAGGUUAAAUUAAUUCUUUGGAUGUCACUAAUGUCGAUUUCGUGUAUGGAAGCUGUAUUAUUCCGUUCUUCCUUCCCCUUGUUCAAACUCCGUCUCCUUGACAACUUAACUUGAACGGUUCAUUUCAUUCUCGUUUUCUUUCUUUAGUGGCCAAAUCCAUUCCAUUUGUCAGCUUUCGAUUGAUUCUCGUGCGAAACGAUUUUUUUUUACCAAUUUCUAUUUCUUCUUUUACCAAUGUAGAUAUAAAUCUUAUUAUAGGGAUACAACGAUGAGCUGCAAGCUGACGAUCCAAUGCCGGUAGAUACGACACCCUCGUGUACCUUAAACAAUUCAUCAUCAAAAAGUGAGGAGGAGGAAAGCGUGACGACUGACAACAUCAGUAACAGUGGUGUGCCGGUAGGCAAGCCAGCUGACCUUAAUAUUCAACUAAGCGUCGAUACCAGUUCAGAUUUACAGAAUGAUGUCACGGAACUGGUUGUGCAGUACUUGCAGGCUUUGAGACUAGAAGAUCACGUUAAGACAAAAGAAACCAGUUUCACUUUGUGGGAUUUCGCUGGGCAGCAUCUGUACUACGCCUCGCACUCAGUAUUCCUUUCUCCUCGAGCUGUUUAUGCCUUAGUUUACAACCUGACUAAAGAUCUCAAUGCUCCAGCUGAACCUCGAGUCAAACAGGGUAUUCACGAUAUUGUACUGGAGAAACAAAACAGUGAGACAAAUUUGGAGAGUUUGCUGUCGUGGCUGGCUUCUAUUCACAGUAUUCGCCCAGCAGCUGACGAGCCAGGAAAUAACCAGCAAGACAAAAGAUCUUACCUACGCCCUCCAGUGUUCAUCGUGGGUACAAACGCUGACAAACCGUUCGAAGAUGUCAAGAAAAUGGAAAAGUGUAUUCAAAGAAAUAUUUCAGGGAAGGUUUAUGAAAAGCACGUGAUCAGGCCAUUGUUUGCUGUUGAUAACACACGAUCGAUGGGCGAUGAUGGUGUUCAAGCACUGCAGCGAAGGAUCAUGGAGGUUUUCAGACAAGAACCCUACAUGGGUGAGGAGAUUCCAAUUAGGUAUGAUACUUGAAACAAUCUCAGUUCGUGAAACAGCGCCUAGAAUAAAUCUGCAGAUGCUCUCUCGCAAAUGCUGUAGUCUGAUUGGUUAUGUUUCUUGCCAUCUAUUUAACAAAUAGAUUCCAAGUUGCCGUGGCACACGAGGCGCAGCUGAGUGUAUCACUGAUGUUCUUACCAUAUUUUGACGUCCUCUGUGCUCUAUUACUGAACAGACGCACGGCAACUUGGAAUCUAUUUGUUUUAUAUAAUACAGAAUUUGAAAAAAGUUUUAAUGAAGUCAUUUAUACGUCUGUCCUCCAAUAGAUCAUGAGUGAGAACCAAACAGAAUGCGUGCAUAACUGAGCUUACUAUAUAAUACAUGAUAGACAGAGAGUACGAUGAUUAGCCUAAAAGUAUAAAGGUUUCACCGAAAAAAGCUCGAAACGUGACCCUUUCCUGUUUAAUUUUGAACGACCUGUAGAUUUACAAUAAAAUAAUCUGUUUGUUUGCUCUCCAUAUUUGUGCUUAAUAGUUUUUUUGAGCUUCGCCUUCGUCAACUAUCGGACGAUAGAAAUCUUGAGUUCAUAAUGCAAUUGAUGAAUAUCUAUGAAAAUAGGAAUUAUUUCAAUAAAAAAAGGUUAUUGAUCGUAUAAAAAGUUUUAUCGCCGCAUUGAGGUAAUUGUUGAUUAAUGUGACUGCUCUCAUAUGAUUGACUCACUCCUAAUUCACAGAGCAAAAAAGGUGAACAUCUUUCCUUGUGCAUAACCUUAUUUUUGCCUACGCGUAGGUGGUUCAACUUCGAAAAAAUCAUCGAAGCUUUGGUAGCAAAGGGAACCUAUCACAUGGAUUUUGAUCAGCUUCUCACGGUUACGAAGAAAGUUUGCGAAAUAGAUGAUAAGGAGGAAAUGAUGGCCAUGUUGAAUUUCUAUCAUGACUUGGGAGUGAUCGUGAAGUACGGCCGCACCGUUGUACUGCAGGCACAGUGGCUGAUUGACCUUUUCAAAAGAUUGAUAACUGUGAAGCCUUUUGACGAAAUGGUGAGCAAAGUGUUCUCAUACCUUCCUCAGGCACUGGAAAUCUCAAGAAUGCUUCGUUUCCAAGAAGUUGUUCCUCCUUUUUACUUGCUUUUUUUUGUUGUUGUUCCCCUCUAAGUACGUGUUACCCCAAUGGUCAAGAUGAUGAACAGGGACAUUGUUGAAAUCUCUCUUUUUCAUCUUUUCUUGUUCUUUUUUUAUCUCGGUUUUUUUGUUUUUGUUUUUUUUGUUUUUCACUUCUGUUUGUUUGGUUGUGGAAGUUUUAAGCGCAAGAUUUCUUAUGAAUUACGAACGAUGUAAUUAAUGGUUUUGUUCUUGCUCGGAACGUGCCUCAUCUGUAAUGUGGAGAUAACAGAUCUGCCAAUUUAUAAUCUAUUUUGUGAUUUACUUUUUCAGGAUCCUCUAUAUUCAGAAUGCUGGAAGGAACUUGAAGAAAGCGGUAUUCUAAGGAUGACCCUCGUUGAUCACGUUUUCGCUGAUGUAAUCCAGAAUGGGCUUUCCAAGGAGGACAUUUUGGAUAUGAUGGAGCUGUAUGGCUUAAUCGCUAAAUUUUCUUUUUUCCCAGUUGCAUCCAAAGAUGAGCAGAAAUACUUUGUACCAGCCCAGUUAAGGUCAUCUCCAGCAGGUCUGUGUGAAAUAAAGACAUCUAGCGAUGAUCCGUGCCCUUUGUAUCUUCAUUUCCUUGAUGGCUUUGUACCUCAUGGGCUAUUCCCUCAGCUUUUGGCGAGGUUCAUCCGCUGGUCCUCAGAGCAUGCACCCAAUCAAGCUCCAAAUUUGUUCCACAAUGGUGCGCGACUCUUCAUUGGUAGGAACAACAUGUACAGUCUCGUUCUUAUCUGCAGAAAACGAUUCAUUAAGAUCGUACUAAAACAAAGGAAUCCUGCUUUGAAUACCCCGUUCAUGACCACUGCUCAAGAGGUUCGCGUGUUCCUUGAAGAUAGUUUGCAAGGGCUGAGCCUUGAGUUGCCGUGGCUACGCAACCUGAGGUGUGAACUGUGUGUUGCAUGUCCCAGUUGCUUAACUCACGGAGGAGAAUGUGCUAAACAUGGAUCAGUCUGCUGUGCUCACGAUGAUUGUCUCCAUCUUCUCCGAGUAAUUCCAGAGGAACAGCUGUUUUGUCCAAAAAGUUUCACCGAUGAAGCUCUUCAAAUUGAUGGACUACACAACUGGUUCCAGGUUGGUAAAACAAAGGUAGAGAUGUUUUAUUUGUUUGUUUUUCCUUUGGUUUUUACUUAUUUGUUUGCUUUUUUUCUUACUCGACCAAAGAAAUGAUUGAGCAAUGUAGGUGCUGUAUACAUUAAAUUUCCAAUCACAUCUUUGCAGAUGAAGUUAAUGACCUACGUUGUAGAACCUGUGGUUCGCGAAUGAAUGUCGAAAUAAAUACGUUGGCAUUGUAUUAAAAAAAACCUAGAGCAU